CUACAAUUAACAAAAAAUCUUCAAUUAACAAAGAACCCUUAAAAAACCAGACUCUAAACAUUAAAAUUUAUAAACAAAACUCAUCCAUCGAACAACUACAAAACAAUUAAUUAUUUAAAAAAUCCAGUGUUGCCGAAAAAUUGAAAUUUCGAAUCCAUAAUUUUAAUCACUAGUUUCGAUGAAGAGGAAGGGGGAAAAUGAGGGAUGAAAAUAUGGAAAAGUAGUUGUUGCUGACCUUUAUUUUAAUAAUUACUCGGAAAUAGUAAAAUCGAUGGUGAAAAGCGUCGACCAAUCCCCGUGUGUUUCAUUGGGUGUUUUUAGGUCGGACUGUACUUGCUGAGUAGUUUGAUAUUUCCCUGGUAGAGGCAGUCGCCGUCGCGCAUCCGAACGGUAUGGCCGUGUGAUAGUCUCCAGUUUACAUCCCCGAAAUUGUCUAAACAUUAUUUUUAUUUACACCGAGGAUGUCAGGAGUGCAGUGCACCUAGAGGACGAUUUUAUUCCUGAGAUUCUUCACGGGGUGAAAUGCUGUCACAACUGAAGGCUGAGAGUCGUCGAUUGGAUGGCAAACGUCCGAAGGAAUUGAUGUCCUCAUCAAGUCUCUCAGGGAUGUCUCAAUUAUCCAACAGCAGUGAAGAAACCCUUGAGCCCUUCCACAAGCCCGACAGCACCGAGAGUGCUCCCAAGGAAAAUAGUGCAAAGGGAAAUGAGUGGCUCGUCAAUGGACCCAGUGGUAGCAAAGCACCUGUUCUCAGGUUUAGGUGUUCAGCACUGGCAACACCCCCAGAGGACCCCCCAGCUAAGCAGCUCCACAUGACCUACAAAAUCAUUCAAGCUGACACCAAAUUGAUGACACUUUUACUCCAGUGCCACGGGCUGUCUGAGGUCUCGGUCAAUGAUGCUGACUUCAACCUUCUGUGGAUGGGGAGUCAUCCGAAGCCGGACGUUCUGAGAAGUUUAGCGCCGUUUCAAAAAAUUAAUCACUUCCCGAGAUCGUACGAGAUAACUCGAAAGGAUCGCCUCUACAAGAACAUCGAGGCAAUGCAGAGGAGCAAAGGCCUACGGAAUCUCGAUUUUAUUCCACAAACAUUUUUACUCCCGAGUGAAUCCCGUGAACUGUUGACCGCCCACUUCAGGUACCGAGGUCCCUGGAUUGUUAAACCAAAAGCAAGCUCUCGAGGUCGUGGCAUCUACAUAGUCAACAGCCCCGAGAAAAUAUUCACCGAGGAGUCUGUCAUUGUGGCGCAAUACAUAAAUAAUCCACUGCUUGUUGAUGGCCACAAGUGCGAUUUACGUCUUUACAUCGCUGUUACAAAUUACGAUCCACUCCUUAUUUAUCUGUACGAGGAAGGACUCGUCAGAUUUGCUACGGUCAAGUACGAGGGUGGCAAUCAGUACGUCUGGAAUCCCUGCAUGCACCUGUGCAAUUACAGCAUCAACAAGUUUCAUGUGGAUUACGUCAAGAGUGAGGACCCAGAUGCUGAGGAUGUGGGGCACAAGUGGACCCUCUCCGCACUGUUACGUCACCUUCGCUCCCUGGGUCAGGACACGGAGCUUUUGAUGCAGAGAAUCGAGGAUAUAAUAAUAAAAUCAAUCCUAGCAACGGCCUCAGGAAUCGUGAGUGGUGUUAAACAAUUUGUAAAACAUCCAGAGACAUGUUUCGAGCUCUACGGUUUCGACAUCCUGAUAGACGACACCCUGAAACCCUGGCUGCUGGAGGUGAACCUGACGCCGUCCCUGGGCUGUGACUCUCCCCUAGACGUACGACUGAAAUCAGCCCUGAUGGCAGAUCUGCUGACCCUCGUGGGUCUUCCAGCAGUAGAUCCCAUCCUGAGACCCCCCCAGAGAUCCCUGGGGAAUCCCUCCAAGAGACUAGCAAGCCACAGACGUGUCAAUUCAGCUGAGGGACUCAACACCAAGAAGAGGAAUCCCGUCAAGCCCUCAAACCGGUCAGGCCUCACCUCUGAACAGCUGAGAAUUGUAGCAUCUGCCAGAGCCCAGUUCGAGAGACGUGGGGGAUUCGUCAGGAUCUUCCCAAGCCCCAAGUCCUGGGAGAUGUACUCCCAGUAUCUGGAUCCAACCACUGGAAUUCCAGUGGUCACUGAUCCCCUGGGACCUGGGCGACUUCCUCAAGGAGUCAAUACCAAUUAUAAUCUGAUGCUGCAUGAGCAGCUAUUCCCUGCUGCCACCAGGAGCACUGGAUUCUCUGUACCAGAGGUGACACUGGACAGAUUAUCGAGGUACGAGAGGUAUGAGAGAGCACUCGUCAAGGGGCACAAGCAGAGUCUCGAUCGAGGUGACAGCAAAGAGAACAUCGACGUUGACACUCACAAGUACAAGGACCAAGUCACCAAGAUGAUGCAGGAGGGAAACAAGCUCAGUCCCGGUGAAGCGAGAAAAGCCUUCGGCCUGUACUUAGGAUGUAUUCUACGUAAAAUAUCACAACCGAGUGGUGAUUCUGUGUGCUGUGACCUCGUUAUGAAGUUUUUGCAGCAAUCCUCCAGUAAUUUACGAACGCCAUUCCUCUUUACUAUACCCAGUAAUAAACUCAGCGACAAGGAUCGAGCUGCCAUCACUGCCAAGCAGCUGUCAGAUUUUUUACAUCUGUAUAAUCGAGAAACUGAUCUGUAUGCUGAUACUGUUGACAGACCUAGGACUGUACCUAAUAGGCUAUUCCAGAAAUUUCUCUCCUGUGCGAGUGAAGAGGACUUGGACGAUGUGCUAAUUCUCCAGACGAAGCUGUACAACUGCGCCCACAGCUUCCUGGGUAGAAGUGGCUUCGCUGGCAAUCUCCGAGGUACAAAUCUCCUGGGCUCUCUCCCCCAGAUAACCUCGAGGGUCCACUCCAAUGCAGCAUCAUCAGAGCAGUGCAUGUGCACUCAACCCACCAGCAGACCAACCAAAGCACCUCGCACAUAAAUCCACCAGGAGUUAGUAAAAAUCCAUUGAGCAAACGGUUGAGCCGUCCACACUCGAUUACCUCGUCAAUCAGGACUUAAUUAAUCAAUUAAUUAAGAUUAAAUCGAUAGAUAAAGGGCCUAGGGUGUCACGGGACAUCGAACAAUCCGAGUAUUUUCCAAUUAUUUGUACUUUCACUCGUUUUUUGAUAUUUUUUUUCGUGUGACGCUAGUCUUCAAUGCUUUUAGAUUAUUCGGAGGGAUUAAUUAAGGAUUAAUUAUUGUUGGGGAAGUGGGGAAGUGGGGAAUUUUGGUGGUCUACCACUUCUUCGGGGAAUUGUUGGUUAAGUCGAGGGAUUGUUGCACAAUGUAGUUCUUGGCCUAAUGAUUGUUUUAAAUUUUCAUUUUUAUUUUCUAGUUGGUGCUUGAUCUUGAUAUUUAUCAGUCAUACAAUCAAUUCACUUCCAUUAUUUAUCUGGAGUUCAUUUAUUUAUUGUUUUUUUAUCGUUUGCUCUGGGGAUUAUCGACUUCUAGUCACGAAGUGAUCCAUGUGAUUCGAGAUUUUUCUUUUUUUUAAUGAGAUAAUGCCGAAUGUUAAUUAUAGUAUUCUUGUGCUGUGAUAACGGAUUCAAUUGCGCAGAGAUAUUACUAGGGAGUAUUGCACUUUUUUUUCUUUCGGAUUAUCAGCACUCAUUUUCAUUAUUUAUUCCAGAAAAAUCGUUUGCGGUUGAUGUCGAUGGUUUUAUCAUUUUGUUAAUUUUUUUUUUUUUCUUGCAACGAGUACUGACACUCGCAGAUUUUACGCGCACGUUAUUUAUGAGUUUGCAGGUGCUUUUUGUACUCAGUGUUGUUGCACAAUAUUUAUUAAGUCAUUAACAGCAAGUGGAGGUUGAAUUUUUUAAUGAUUAAUCGAGGGAUAACGUGGGAUGAUAAACUCAUUGAAAAGCCCCUCAUACUGCCUCUGAUAAAAUUUAAUUAAUUAAUAAUGAGAUUAUGUGGCAAAUUUAUGGCAUUUACUCGGCUUCUGUGCAGUCGGAGUUGAAUAGGAAAUUUCAGAUUUAAUACAACAUGUAAAAAUGAACAUUGGAAUGAUUUUGUUAAUAAAAAAUGCAGCUAAUAUUUUGUUUGUGGUUUUUAUUACUCCUUUUGUUUGUUAUUUAAUGGAAAUACUUCCCUCCAUAUUGAAAAGAAAGGAUUUUUCUGUUUCCUUCAAUUCCCAUUAAUCGAUUUUUAAAUAAUCGAUUAUUGAUUGAUAAUCGAUUAUUGAUUGAUAAUCGAUUAUUGCUUGAUAAUCGAUUUGUCUGAAAAGAGCUCUUCGAUUCUCCUGUGAUCCUGUUAGAAAUGAAGAAAAUUUGACACAAAGUUUAGAGCAGAACUCAACAAGAUUUGAAUGAAAUGAGAAUUUUGUAACAGGAUAACAGAAUAGUAAAGUAGGUAUUCGAUUUUCCCCUAUUUUCCCCUAGACGCUCAACAAUCGAUUCCUCUAGGAAAUAUCUUUUCGAUUCUGCUUUGAUCGUAUCAGAAGUGAACAGAAAAUUUAAAUUGUAACAGGAGAACAGGAGAAGCGAGGAGUUAUUCACUGCUCUCCGCCAUUCUGUGGGCGGUCGCGCGAAAAUAAAAAUGGCGGAGACCUUCAACUCCUGAAUUAAAUAAUUUAUGACACAUUUACAGCGUUAAUUCAAUAUUUUUAAUAAAUAAAAUUACGAAAGCGAUAAUAAUAAUGGAGAAUGUAAGGAUUAGGGAAUUUGGAAUGUUUAAUAUAUCUCCAAUUUGUUAAUUAACUAUAAAAUUAAGAUACAACACUUCAAGUGAUUUAUUUAUUGGAAUAUUCGACGUACGUGUGUACAACACAUACCAAUCACCGAUAGAAAAAGUUUUAUUGCAAAACCAAUGAAAAAGGAAGAUUAGUAUUUCUCAACAGUAUUUACAGUUGGAAAAUCCCUGGACAACAUUAACAACACCACACUGCCUAAUUAUUAUUCCACUGAUAAUAGCGAUAUUUGAGUUCUUAUCACCGAGAUAAAUAAUGGAAGUUUCAAUCCCGAAAAUUAUUUGGAAUGUACAGAUACUCCAACUAGAUUCAAAAAAGCUCACUCGACAUGAGAAA